AUGCAUGUGAAACCAUGGCUCGAUCUGUAUGGUUAUUCCGUGGCCAGGGCCAUUGAGCCAAGGAUGAUAUGGUUUGUGGUAAUUUCUGGUGCACGCGGCGAGGGUUUUGGCUGCUUGGCGUCAAAGUCGUCCACGAGCACAGGCAGGCUUGGUUCCGUCGUGGACGUGCUGCCGGUGGCGUUGCUGCUGGGCGCGUCCGUGCACGGUGGAGUCGGCCCGUUCGGGCUGCUCGUCAUGGCCUCCGCCGACCUAGAGGAGCACACGGCUGUGUUCUUCAGGGUGUUCAGGCACCUUGACACGUACAAGGUCCUCAUGUGCACCGACCUCACAAAGUCAUCUACGAAAGAAGGGGUACACAAGACAUCCUACGGAGCAUUUCUGGAGGUGGACGUGGAGAAGGACAAGUUCUUGUCGCUCAGAACACUGAUCGAUCACACGGUGGUGGAGAGUUUCGGCGAUGGCGGGAGGACUUGCAUGACGGCCCGCGUGUACCCGGAGCACGUGGCGACGAGUAGCAGCCGACUGUACGUGUUCAACAAAGGGACAUGUGCCGUGAAGGUCUCCAAGCUGGAGGCGUGGGAGCUAGCGACGGCGGCCAUGAAUGGUGGAGCCAGUAGUUCCAUUGAACCUGACAGGGCUUUGUAG